GCUCAGCUUCCGUAGGGCGGGCUCUAGCCGGACUUAUUUAGCAGCGCCCAAGCCCAAACCGGAAGUCGGGGCGGAGCUAAUAAAGCGUCGGCGCCCACUCAACGGAAGUGGCUGUUGGAGGCUUUAAGGUAGCUUUAAAUUCCUGGUGUCUCGGAAGCUUGCUCCUUUCUGUUGGAGUCGAGUUUCGUGGGACGGAUGGCGGUGGACGUGAAGUCGCGAGCAAAGCGUUAUGAAAAACUGGACUUCCUCGGGGAGGGACAGUUUGCCACGGUUUACAAGGCCAGAGACAAGAACACCAACCAAAUUGUCGCCAUUAAGAAAAUUAAACUUGGACAUAGAUCAGAAGCUAAAGAUGGUAUAAAUAGAACAGCCUUAAGAGAGAUAAAAUUAUUACAGGAGCUAAGUCAUCCAAAUAUAAUUGGUCUCCUUGAUGCUUUUGGACAUAAAUCUAAUAUUAGCCUUGUCUUUGAUUUUAUGGAAACUGAUCUAGAGGUUAUAAUAAAGGAUAAUAGUCUUGUGCUGACACCAUCACACAUCAAAGCCUACAUGCUGAUGACUCUUCAAGGGUUAGAAUAUUUACAUCAACAUUGGAUUCUACAUAGGGAUCUAAAACCAAACAACUUGUUGCUAGAUGAAAAUGGAGUUCUAAAACUGGCAGAUUUUGGCCUGGCCAAAUCAUUUGGGAGCCCCAAUAGAGCUUAUACUCAUCAGGUUGUAACCAGGUGGUAUCGGGCCCCUGAGUUACUCUUUGGAGCUAGAAUGUAUGGUGUAGGUGUGGACAUGUGGGCUGUUGGCUGUAUAUUAGCAGAGCUGCUUCUAAGGGACAUGUGUAGUCUUCCAGAUUUCGUGACAUUUAAGAGUUUUCCUGGAAUCCCGUUACAACACAUCUUCAUUGCAGCAGGAGACGACUUGCUAGAUCUCAUACAAGGCUUAUUCUUAUUUAACCCAUGUACUCGAAUUACAGCAACACAGGUAUUUUAGCAUAUCUUUCUUAUAUUAGGAAAUAUGAGGAUAAUCUUAAUUCUGGCAUAGAUAAAAUAAAAGUAGAAUUUCUUAAGAUUUUCUGACAUUCUUUAAGUACUGUAAAGAUGUGUUUUUGUUUUAAGGAAUAACAAAUUUUAUCUUGUCCCCAGGCUACAAGCUGUUCAGUCUGAUAUUAAAUUACAUCAAGCACACAUAACAACAGGAGAAUUUACUUUUGUUAAGGAACAUAUAAAUAUAUAUUUAUUUCAUAAUUAAUUGGCUUUCAAGUAGUUUACCUAGAGAAGAAAAAAUAAGGGUUCUGUACUUGUUAAGAUAAUGGUUAUUUCAAUUAGGUUUGUGCUAUCCUAAUGCCAAAAGUGUAUUGGUUUUUUUCCCCAUGAAAUACAGUCCCAGUAUGCAUCCUGAUCAUUGUCAUAGUCAGAAAGUGAUA